AUGUUUUUGAAUCUCUUCUUCUUUCUCCCUGACUCUAGCGCUUCUCCUCCAUACGCUUUCUGCCUCCAUUUUUUCGCCGGCGAGGCUGGCCACCAUGCUGUCCGAUGGCAGCCCCCUCUCGCUCCUCCCCUAGUUUUCCUCUUCCCUUUUCCCCUCUUCUCUCCUCUUUCCCAGCAGCAGCGCAGCAGCUCCAAGCAGAGAGCCACCGCGAGAACAGCAGUCCAGCGAGGAGCAGCAGUAACCAGCGACCGGCGAGCCACCAGGCCGCAGUUGCCGGCGAAACAGCAGCUACAGCAGUGCAUGGCGAGGCGCACGACAGCAGCAACGAACCAACCUCCAGCAGCUCCGGCAACAACAACACCAAGCAGCUGCCAGCAACACCAGACAUCAACACCAGCGACCAGCAACUCCGAGAACAGCACCUCCCUCCGCCUCUUUCUUUUUCGGCCAAGAACCAAAGUAAAUAUUGAGUAUGAUAAGGAAGGAUCUUACGGAUCUGUCCCAGGUUUGAACACAAGUUCAAGAUAUGGAGAGUCGCCAUGAGAGAGAAGCACUAGACAAGCUAAAUUUAUUUAAUUUGAGUUUUAUAUAUUAUUUAAUCUUUCUCAUUGUUUUGUAAUAAUUUGUAAACUUUAACUCUCUACAUAUGAUAUAAUUUGGGGAAUCUCAUCUAAGGGGGAAGGGAUCUAUGUGCUACUUGUUUAUUUUAUCGUAACCUAUUUGUGCUAGAAAGUAGGUCUAUAGGAUUGCUGAUUGUGUGAUUGUUCGCCUCUUAAUAGCUCUGUUUGAAUCUAGCCUAAAAAAAUAAAAUUAACCUUUUGUCAUUUAUCACCUAUUUAAGCUUUGUCUGAUUAUGCUUAAAAUUAAACAUGUUGAGAUAAUUUGACUACUCAUUGUAAUAUGUUUAUAUGAUUUGCAUAUCCGCCUUUUAUUCUUAACAAUGAAUAAUGUUUGUUCCUUGCAUUAUCUGGCUCACUAUCAACCCCAUUAUAUAAUAAAUAAAUAAGCAUUAAUAUUUUAACAACUUGUUCGUAUCAAAUUGGUUUUCUUUUACCAUUUGUAGAUAUCAUCCUCGUGGUAUUUAAUUAAAUUUGCAGCAUGUUAAUGGGUUAGAACUUCAUGCAUAUAGGCUUAAAUUUUGGUAUUACCUACAAAGCAUGUCUAUUGGUUUUUCAAUAGUUAGGUUAUCUUUAUAUAGAAUUCAUGCUCUUGAGUAAGAUUAGAAUUUAUGUUGUCCGGUUAUAAUGUUGUGUGAUAUAAAUGCGUUUUUCCAUUUAGAUGACUGCUUGUAGGAUUUUUAAUAAUCUAAUAAUUGUGAACAAAUCAGUCGGUUUAUUCUGUCAGCAUGUUAACCUAUCUAAAAGCCAUGUCUUUAGGUUUUGAUUAAUAUUAGCAUGUCAAUAAAAUGUUUAGAAAUGCAUAAAUCCAAGCCACCAUAAAGUUAUGCCUAUAGGACUAGAUAAAAUUAAUUUCCAGCAUGUUAAAAGUUCCCUUGCAGAUUUUCUUCCCGCUGCUUGAUAGAUUCUGUGACAUUAUUCUCUGCAUAUUCAAAUUUAAAAUCUACCCCCAUAUUAGAUAAAUUCCCAGACGCAGUCAAGCUCCGUUUUAAAUAUUAACUUGCAUUAUACCUAUUACAUUUGCUAUUCUAAUCAAAAUCAGCUAAUAAAUCUAUCUUUGCUAUAAUGAUUACGCCACUCUUAAAAGUCAGUUAAGUUGCUUAAAUGCUUUUUGCAUGGUGAUAACUUUACUUCUUCAUUAAAAUAUUAUAUCGUAUAAUGGCUAUUUAUCUAUUUUUAUGCUCACACACUCGCAUGCGACCUUUCAUAUUACUUGUGUUUGCCAGCGUGUUUAAUAAAAUCUAGAGGCCAAUAUGAGACCUUGCGUGCUAAAUGUUUGUCCAACUUGUUUGACUUAGUGUCCAGGUGGGCCUAUUAGGAGUUUAUUUCAGUCUUAACCCUUCCUAAUAGUAGUCCAAUGCCUCUUGGAUCUUAAGUGGGGACGUUAGGCACCUUUUAGAGACGAAAUGCAUGCGGUGGUGGGGUAGGGGUAGUUUAGGCCCUAUGGAGAUGAUGACAUCGACUCAGGCUUAAAGAGACAAACCUUGGUUUUGUCUGUCCCUACACGAAAGCUUAUUGAAACGUUAAAGAAAAAAGUCGAGUGCUGAUCCAUAAAGUCCUACAGA